AUGACUCGAGCAGUCGAUGGAACUGGAAGGCGGCUUCGGCCGCUCAGCAUGGGACCCAGACCCCAAAGGCCGAUGAGUUUUACUUUUCCCGAUUUCCCGUUCAACCCAGAAAGCGAUGUCUUCCCGUACGCCGACCCAAACAAACGACUCUCGUACUUCAAGUACCCCGAUGUAGACCCAGUAUCUCCACUACCGACCCUUUCGACGUCACGAAAUGGCAGCCAAGAUACAAUUGUCCCUCCUCCAUACGAAGGUGUCGAUGCAGAAAAGGCAGAACCUCCACCUGAAGCGCCUCCGAGUAAAAUGAGUAGACAGGAGAUCGUUAUUAUCAUGACAGCCCUAUGUCUCGCCUUGUUUCUUGCCGCCCUCGAUAUGACUAUUAUUUCUACCUCUCUCCCUACAAUAUCAAAAGUAUUCAAUGCCAACGAGAGCGGUUACACAUGGAUGGCCUCAUCCUACCUCCUAGCAAACGCUUCGUGUGUCCCACUUUGGGGAAAGCUCAGUGACAUUUGGGGCCGCAAAGUCCUCAUCCUAGCAGCCAAUGUUCUUUUCCUUGUUGGGAGCUUACUCUGUGGAAUUGCACCAGGACUAGCUAUUUUCCUAGUUGGACGAGGUGUCCAGGGAAUUGGCGGAGGCGGACUGAUUAUUUUAGGACAGAUUUGCGUUAGUGACCUGUUUAGUGCGAGAGAACGACCUGUGUACUAUGCUCUAUUCGGAGCUACGUGGGCAGUUGCUGGAGCGCUUGGCCCAGUGAUAGGUGGACUACUGACUCAAAACACCUCCUGGCGCUGGUGCUUCUACAUUAACUUACCCGUUGGCGGCAUUUGUUUCGUGAUUCUCUUCUUUUUCCUAAAAAUAGAAUCUCCAAAAACCCCCCUCCUUGCCGGAUUACGUGUUAUUGACUGGCUGGGAACCAUCACCAUUGUCGGAGGAACCGUCAUGCUUCUAUUCGGUCUAGAAUUCGGUGGUGUCAGCUUCCCGUGGAAGUCCCCGACCACCAUCGGACUAAUUAUUGGUGGCAUUGUUAUUCUGGGAAUGUUCGGUGUGGUUGAGAGAUACUAUGCAAAAUAUCCAAUCAUGCCUCCUGCCGUAUUCGAUGGCAUGAACAACAUCCUUAUCUUGGGAGUUAAUUGGGUCCACGCAUCUCUAUUCAUCUCUGGUGCAUACUUUCUUCCCAUCUACUUCCAGAUUGUCCUCGGCGUCGGUCCAACGCUUAGCGGAGUCUACAUUCUGCCACAGGUGAUGGGGCUCUCAGUUGUUGCCAUGCUGACAGGAAUGUUCAUCCGAAACACGGGCAAAUACGUCUGGAUUAUGCGUAUAAGCAUGUUGAUCACGACUUUGGGAUACGGCCUAUUUUUGGAUUUCCAGUCAUUCACAUCCUGGCCUCGACUCAUUAUAUACCAGCUUAUCUCUGGCAUUGGUAUCGGUCCCAACUUCCAGGCCCCGCUGAUCGCCAUCCAGAACAACAUGCCACCUGGCGAUGUCUCCGGAGCUACUUCGACGUUCGGUUUCAUGCGCCAGCUUGCUACAUCAUCAUCCAUUGUGCUCGGUAGUGUGGUGUACCAAAACAUCCUCAACGGUAAAGAAGCUUACCUUAGCGAAGUUUUGGGCCCGGAAUUAGCACCAAAAUUCCUCGGUAGUAUUGCUGGAGCAAAUAUUGACUUGAUCCACCAACUGACUCAGGCUCAAAAAGACAUCGUGCUAAACGAAUAUACCACUGCACUCAAAAGAGCUUGGCUGUUCUAUACAGCUCUUAGUGCUGUAGGGUGCAUUUUCAGCUUCUUUGUCCGAGAAAAGGCUUUGAACCAAGAUCAUGAGAUAACCAAAACGGGACUAGAGGAGCAGGAACGUGCUCGACUCGCGCGCAUUGCAGCUGCUAAGAAACCUGAAGAGAGACAGGCGGAGUGGCCCGGUAGUGAAUCGCGGUAG